AUGACGGACGCGAGGGGGGGUGGUGGUGUGUGUAACAAUGGGCGCUUUGUGAGAGGGGGACUGGCCGUGGCAGGAGUGGGGGGCCUCCGCAGCGCUGAGCUGAGCAGAGCCACUUCAUUAGUCAAGGUUCUCCCUCCUCCUCCCUCUAUUCUCUCUCUCCUCCCUCUGUCAUUCUCUCCCUCGCUGUCGACAUAACACACUCUGAAGUCUGAAACCAGCCAGUAGGAGCCUGCCUGGUUUGCGCUGCGCUUUCUGCUUUCCGGUCAGAAGCAGGGUGGAGAAUAGUUUUUCAGACUAUCUGGGGGUUCUACGCAGCUCUUUUCGUACAUGACUACUGUCUUCCUCCUGUCCUAAGGUAAUUCUGCUUGUCUGCACUGCUGUCAUCCUGUCCUCUGCCGAGAGCAAAGCAUCACAGAUGAGACAUGGAUUGAUUUAUUUCAUGUGUCAGAGUAACUGAAUGCAAUUGUUUUUGUGCACGUAAAGAGCUGUCUAUCAAAUGACAACUGCGUAUUAAGUAGCUGAAAUGUGGAUCUAUGAUUAGGGUUGCAAAAUUCCGGGAACUUUCAAUAAAUUCCCUAGUUUUUCAGAAAUCCUGGUGGAGGAUUCUGGCUUUUCUGCUUCUUCCCUUCUGAAUUCUAUAUAUAUGCUUAGUCAUAACAUAAACAUGUAGAUCUUUGAGUCGUCAUCUCUUUUAAGUUACAGUGCUUUACGGCUAAUCUAGAUCGUUUCAUUCGUUUGUCACUAACCUAUAUCAUGUCAUUUACUUGACACAUGGUCCCUGGCUCAUGUCCUUUUGUUCUGGCUGGAAGGUGCAAUAGAUAACAUGGACUGAUGCUGAAUCAAUAUUGUCCCAUCCCAUUCCGGAACUUUGCAGACUACAUGCUAAACAGCCCUUUAGCAGAAUGCAUUUCAAAAGGGUUCUUUCCUAGACGAGAGAGAACCUCUACUGUUAACUGGGCAAAGUUACAAUGACGAAUGAUAUGGAGAUGGUUGCUACUGCCAGAUGUUUCUCAGCCCUGUGGACUGUAUCAUCCUCACCAUGUGUGUCAGCUGCAGAUGAAUCCGAUGUUCUGGUAGUGCUGUCUUUGUUAGCACGUGGUGGAUAGGACAUGAUGAUGCGUGUGGAUGCCUGAAUGUGUUGCUAUAACGGGUAUAUAAUCACAAAGCAAGAUCAAGGAGCCAGCGAACUCUCCUUAAUGUUCUUCUCAAACAACUCCUAUAUUUCCUAUAAGAAUGGUGAUUUGAUACCCUUAGUACUGUAGCCCAUGUUCCAAUGCUGUCUGUUUCAGGAUGAAGAGGUGAAUCUCCUCUGAUUGCAGUGAUGGCAGUGCAGGCUGGCAUACAGGUAAGGAUAUUACUUAUUAUCAUGAACAUACAAGGAUUUUUGGAAUGUUUUGUUUUUUGUUCAGAAGGGGUAACUCCUUUUCCCUCAAAGGGCCAGUCCAAAUACCGUGGCCCCUAUCCCUCCUGUAUUUGCAUAUCUAAAGGAUAGGAGUAGCAGUCAGGUGGAAACAAAGUGGCUCGCCAGUUUAGGACCCCUCACGAGUCAUUCAAAACCUCUAAUCGCUUUCCUGAUACCAAUCCAAUAGAUUUACUGUUCUAUUACUCCAGCAACAUAAUCUGUUUGCUCUCACAGCUGUCUGAUAUCUGAGGAGGCCAAUAAGACGCUGUGGGCUGGGCCGUAACUACAUAUGAGGACACCGAGGUCUGGAUCUCGUAUAAAAAAAAUACUAAUAUUUUAUUUUCUUGAACUCAGUCAGGGUCUCAACUAACUGUUGAGUUAGAAUAGUAGAAUACACAAGGUGUAAUUUCGAAACUUGGUUGUGCAUCAGCAGUUUUCCAGUUAUGUUCUCCUGAGUGGCGCAGUGGUCUAAGGCACUGCAUCGCAGUGCUAGCUGUGCCACUAGAGAUCCUGGUUUGAAUCCAGGCUCUGUUGUGCGGCGGGAGACCACCACAAUUGGCCCAGCAUGUCCAGGGUAGGGGAGAGAAUGGCCGGCAGGGAUGUAGCUCAGUUGGUAGAGCAUGGCGUUUGCAACGGCCAGGGUUGUGGGUUCGAUUCCCACGGGGGGCCCGUAUGAAAAUUUUUUUUAAAAUAAAAAUCUAAGUCGCUCUGGAUAAGAGCGUCUGCUAAAUGACUAAAAUGUAAAUGUAUGUUACUCAAUGAUAGUCACUCAAUUAGCCCAUGUCAGUAUUUUUUAUAUUUUUUAUUGGAUAAGUCUAGUUCGUUUAGCCAACUAUCUAAUCAUGGCCGAAUUACCGACUGGGCACGCAGGGCACGUGCCCAGGGGCCCUGACUUCCAGGGGGCCCCCAUAGUUUUGGUUAGUCACUCUCACUAAGAUAUUAUAUUAAGAUGGCAUAAGUUAUGGCAAAAUGUGUAUAAUUGCAGGAAAUUUGUAAAUCUGCCCAAAAAUUCUCCCCACCCCAUGGCAAAAUGUGUAGAAUUGCAGGAAAGUGCCUGUAAAACUAAAAUAAAAAUUCUGUACAGUAAACUAAUUGGGUGAGUGGUAGCCUAGCGGUUAAGAGGUUGGGCCAGUAACCGAAAGGUUGCUGGUUCGAAUCCCCUAGCUGACCAGGCGAAAUCUGUCUGUGCCCUUGAGCAAGGCACUUAACCCUAAUUGCUCCUGUAAGUCGCUCUGGAUAAGAGUGUCUGCUAAAUGACAAAUGUUUACUUUUUGUUAAUAAAAUACUUUUGCUGCUGAUAGUUUUUAAUCCCAAGGCUGAGUUAAUGUGUAGGGGCUAAUUGUAUAGCUAAUAGGCUAUGUGUUUGUAGAUCGACUGAGGUGAAUGAAGCUACAGCAACCAAUGUGAUAAUGGCUGGGGUCAUUUUUGCUGUUCUUCAAAUAGCAUUUUUGAGUUUUUAAAUGGUAUAGAAAUGCAGUAAAUGAGCUUCAACUUUCCCCCCUGUCCGGACCUCACUAAAACUCAGACCCUGGUUACGGCCCUGCCUGUGGGGUUUCUGCUCUCUGUUUUCUAAAAGGGUCAAAGGUCAACAAGAACCAUGGGAAGAUUUCACAACUAGGAGGAGCAUAAAGGACUAGCAGGCGUAGCUCUGGCCCUGUUUGAAUCCUUCCUUCUCUUCCUUGAAGUUAGCACUGAUCUGAUGUAGGGCUGGGAAUUGCCAGGGAUCUCGCGAUACGAUAUUAUCAUGAUACUUCGGUGCCGAUACGAUAUGUAUUGCGAUUCUCACGAUUCUAUAUGUAUUGGGAUUCGAUACUGUGAUUUUUUAUUAUGCUUUGAUGUUCCAAACAUAUUGCUCACUAUAAUUCUGCUGCAGAGGUACAAGAGAGCCAUGAGAAAAUAACUGUUGGUCAGUCAUUUAAAUAAAAGUUCUGAAAACAUGUUGGCUUACCAGAGUUUUGGUGCAGGUACAGCUAAAAUAUACAGUGCAUUCAGAAAGUAUUGAGACACCUUGACUUUUUCCACAUUUUGUUACGUUACAGCCUUAUUCUAAAAUGGAUUGAGUUGUUUUUUUCCUCAUCAAUCUACACACAAUACCCCAUAAUGACAAAGCAAAAAACUGGUUUUUAGAACUUUUAGCAAAUGUAUGUAUGUAGUAUGUACAGUUGAAGUCGGAAGUUUACAUUUAAACUCAGUUUUUCCCAAUUCCUGACAUUUAAUCCUAGUAAAAAUUCCCUGUUUUAGGUCAGUUAGGAUCACCACUUUAUUUUAAGAAUGUGAAAUGUCAGAAUAAUAGUAGAGUGAUUUAUUUCAGCUUUUAUUUCUUUCAUCACAUUCCCAGUGGGUCAGAAGUUUACAUACACUCAAUUAGUAUUUGGUAGCAUUGCCAUUAAAUUGUUUAACUUGGGUCAAAUGUUUCGUGUAGCCUUCCACAAGCUUCCCACAAUAAGUUGGGUGAAUUUUGGCCCAUUCCUCCUGACAGAGCUGGUGUAACUGAGUCAGGUUCGUAGGCCUCCUUGCUCGCACACGCUUUUUCAGUUCUGCCCACACAUUUUCUAUAGGCCUGGGGUCAGGGUUUUGUGAUGGCCACUCCAUACCUUGACUUUGUUGUCCUUAAGCCAUUUUGCCACAACUUUGGAAGUAUGCUUGGGGUCAUUGUCCAUUUGGAAGACCCAUUUGCGACCAAUCUUUAACUUCCUGACUGAUGUCUUGAGAUGUUGCUUCAAUAUAUCCACAUAAUUUUCCUUCCUCAUGAUGCCAUCUAUUUUGUGAAGUGCACCAGUCCCUCCUGCAGCAAAGCACCCCCACAGCAUGAUGCUGCCACCCCCGUGCUUCACGGUUGGGAUGGUGUUCUUCGGCUUGCAAGCCUUCCACUUUUUCCUCCAAACAUAACGAUGGUCAUUAUGGGCAAACAGUUCUAUUUUUGUUUCAUCAGAUCAGAGGACAUUUCUCCAAAAAGUACGAUCUUUGUUCCCAUGUGCAGUUUCAAACCGUAGUCUGGCGUUUUUAUGGCGGUUUUGGAGCAGUGGCUUCUUCCUUGCUGAGCGGCCUUUCAGGUUAUGUCAAUAUAGGACUUGUUUUACUGUGGAUAUAGAUACUUUUGUACCUGUUUCCUCCAGCAUCUUCACACGGUCCUUUGCUGUUGUUCUGGGAUUGAUUUUCACUUUUCGCACCAAAGUACGUUCAUCUCUAGGAGACAGAACGUGUCUCCUUCCUGAGCGGUAUGACAGCUGCGUGGUCCCAUGGUGUUUAUACUUGAGUACUAUUGUUUGUUCAGAUUAACGUGGUACCUUCAGGCGUUUGGAAAUUGCUCCCAAGGAUGAACCAGACUUGUGGAUGUCUACAAUUGUUUUUCUGAGGUCUUGGCUGAUUUCUUUUGAUUUUCCCAUGAUGUCAAGCAAAGAGGCACUGAGUUUGAAGGUAGGCCUUGAAAUAGAUCCACAGGUACACCUCCAAUUGACUCAGGCUAAUUGACAUAAAUUAUCAGAAGCUUCUAAAGCCAUGACAUCAUUUUCUGGAAUUUUCCAAGCUGUUUAAAGGCACAGUCAACUUAGUGUAUGUAAACUUCUGACCCCCUGGAAUUGUGAUACAGUGAAAUAAUCUGUCUGUAAACAAUUGUUGGAAAAAUUAGUUGUCAUGCACAGAGUAGAUGUCCUAACCGACUUGCCAAAACUAUUGUUUGUUAACAUAAAUUUGUGGAGUGGUUGAAAAACAAGUUUUAAUGACUCCAAGUGUAUGUAAACUUCCGACUUCAACUGUGUAUAUGUAUGUGUGUGUGUGUGUGUGUGUGUGUGUGUGUGUGUGUGUAUAUAUAUAUAUAUAAGAGAAGAAAAAACUUAAAUCACAUUUACAUAAGUAUUCAGACCCUUAACUCAGUACUUUGUUGAAACACCUUUGGCAGCAAUUACAGCCUCGAGUCGUCUUGGGUUUGACGCUACAAGCUUGGCAAACCUGUAUUUGGGGAGUUCUCCCAUUCUUCUCUGCAGAUCCUCUCAAGCUCUGUCAGGUUGGAUGGGGAGCGUCGCUGCACAGCUAUUUUCAGGUCUCUCCCGAGAUGUUUGAUCGGGUUCAGAAGCCCGGGCUCUGGCUGGGCCACUCAAGAACAUUCAGAAGCCACUCCUGCGUUGUCUUGGCUGUGUGCUUUGGGUCGUUGUCCUGUUGGAACCUUCGUCCCAGUCUGAGGUCCUGAGCGCUCUGGAGCAGGUUUUCAUCAAGGAUCUCUCUGUACUUUGCUCCGUUCAUCUUUCCCUCGAUCCUGACUAGUCUCCCAGGCCCUGCCGCUAAAAAACAUCCCCACAACGUGAUGCUUCACCGUAGGGAUGGUGCCAGGUUUCCUCCAGACGUGACGCUUGGCAUUCAGGCCAAAGAGUUCAAUCUUGGUUUCAUCAGACCAGAGAAUCUUGUUUCUCAUGGUCUGAGAGUCAUUUAGGUGCCUUUUGGCAAACUCCAAGCGGGCUGUCAUGUGCCUUUUACUGAGGAGUGGCUUCCGUCUGGCCACUCUACCAUAAAGGCCUGAUUGGUGGAGUGCUGCAGAGAUGGUUGUCCUUCUGGAAGGUUCCACAUAUCCACAGAGGAACUCUGAAGUUCUGUCAGAGUGACCAUCGUGUUCUUGGUCACCUCCCUGACCAAGGCCCUUCUCCCCCAAUUGCUCAGUUUGGCCGGGCGGCCAGCUCUAGGAAGAGUCUUGGUGGUUCCAAACUUCUUCCAUUUAAGAAUGAUGGAGGCCACUGUGUUCUUGGACUUUCAAUGCUGCAGAAAUGUUUUGGUACCCUUCCCCAGAUCUGUGCCUCGACACAAUCCUAUCUCUGAGCUCUACGGACAAUUCCUUCAACGUCAUGGCUUGGUUUUUGCUCCGACAUGCACUGUCACCUGUGGGACCUUUUAUAUAGACAGGUGUGUGCCUUUCCAAAUCAUGAAUUUACCACAGGGUGGACUCCAAUCAAGUUGUAGAAACAUCUCAAGGAUGAUCAAUGGAAACAGGGUGCACCUGAGCUCAAUUUCGAAACUCAUAGCAAAGGGUCUGAAUACUUAUGUAAAUAAGGUAUUUCUGUUUUUUAUUUGUAAUAAAUGUGCAAACAUUUCUAAACCUGUUUUCACUUUGUCAUUAUGGAGUAUUGUUUGUAGAUUUGAGGGGCAAAAAUUAUUUAAUCAAUUUUAGAAUAAGGCUAUAACGUAACAAAAUGUGGAGGAAGGGGUCUGAAUACUUUCCCAAAUUUCCUCGAUACUUGGAGUCAAAGUAUUGAUAUAAUAUCAUCCAAAAUAUUAUUGCGAUAUGUAACUAUCCAUUUUUCCGAUGCGACAUGAUUAGUCAAAGCAAUGUAGUGGGAUCGUUGUUUUUUGCACUCAAAUCAUGUCAUGUGAUAACGUUAAGGAAGGGUGAAAGUAUUCAAACUCAUUGGCUUGGUGUCUGUCUUGUGAUCAACAUACAAUCGAGAGGCCUAGUAUGUGUACAUGUAUGCGAGCCACAUCAUCCUAAAUGGCUAUUUGGUGGAUUCAUUAAGAAUCUGUUAGGAAUGUAGAUUUGCUGUGUUAAAUCCCUUCCCUAACUAUGUUCCAGUAAGGAGCUUUAAAGUCCAAUGUUUAAAACUCUUACGUGCCAGAUUUACCAUGAUUAUGCUGUAUUUGUUUACACAAUUAGUCUACUUGCCUGUACACAGGCUACCCCUACACCGUUAUUCUGAAAACGAAAUGUAUACUUGAGGAGUCUAAAGUUUUCAUAGUACCCAAAACCAUUUCACAAUUUUAUUUGAACACAGGAAAGGUGGUAGGUAAUCUACUGCACAAAUACUACCAUAAAGGAUCAGUUGAAUUUAUGUCUAACUAGAAUAAGCCCACGUGAGGCCUACUAAAGCUUUCAUUUCUGUGAAACCUGCAUUCAGUCAGGUGACGCUGGAGAGGCCACCAUGGGUCAUCUCCAAUGGUAUGUUGGUAAUCUCCACGUUUCUGUAACUCAAACACUCCCCUCCUCCUUUUCUCGAAUUAGCUGUAUUUGGUGCGAGUAAGGCGGAAAACAACAUAUGUUGUGGGGUUGCCUUGCCCAGAGCGCCUGCCAGGCACCUUAUCCUUAGAACACAGUUAUGUAAGGGAGAGGGGGUUGGGGAGGAGGAGUUGUGAGAAUUUCUUCUAAUUUUGUAGGCCUAUUUCUGUGUUUUAAUUAAAUGCAUCCCUUUUUGAGAACCAGACAGAAUUUUAAGUACUUUCUACUCAGCAGGGCCUUUUACGAUCUCUCACACCCUCUUUCUCUCACCCUCUUUUUCUCUCUCACCUUCUUUCUCUCUCACACCCUCUUUCUUGUCAGUCUGGGAUGUUUUCUCCAACAAUGAUAACUUGACUCAGCCCCGUUCUCUACCCCCACUGAAGUUUGGGAGUCACUCAAAUGGGGACGUGGAAAAAUCUCAAAGAACAACCAAGACCUUUCUGUGAGGCUAAACCCAGGGAAAGUCUAAAUCAUGAUAUGCCAAUGAGAGUGUGGGAGAGAGGAAGCGAUAGCGGAUAUACUGUCAGCUGUGUGUAUGAUUGGAGGUUAAUCUGAUACGACAUCAAUGGCGACUGUAGGAUACAAGGCUUGUUCCAGCCUCCAGGCAUUCUCCUCCCCUCAGCUGAUUUUCUUUCCCUCACUGUGAGUGGAAUAUCAACCACAGACAUCUAGUAGGCAGUCUCAGAGGACUUGGUUGUCUCCACAAUAUUCUGCUUCUAUUCUUCCAUUUUAGAGUCCUACACAAAACGCUUCUCAUUCUCCAAGGCAACCUUUCUCCAUCUAUUUACACUUCAAUCUUAUUAGUGUAGCUGUAUAGGGUUUUUUGGCCAAAGGUCGAAAUUGUAUGCUGAUGAAUAUCAACAUGUUUUUGAAAAUUGAUACACUUGAAUCAUGUUAUUCUUGCCCUGACGAAGGAUGGUCUGUGUGCCAGGGGCUGAACUGUAGUAGCCUGUGUGAGUGAAGGAUUUCUCCCUCCCCCCGUCCUAUCCCACUGCCAACAGAGCCUAAACCCACUUCCAGUGAUCCGUGCAGCUCCUCUGGUCUACGGCCAUUUGAAUACACUCUCUCUCUCUCUCUCUCUCUCCCUCGCUCCCUCCCUCUCUCUCCCCUGCAGGUAUGGUUCGGGGAGAAGUUUGACGCACCCCUGCAGAGUCCACGCAGCCCUUUGACGCUGCGCCAUGGGCCGGGCUUGGCCGAUGUCUUCCAGUAUGACCAGUGGCUGGCCGUGCGCCACGAGGCCACGCUGGUACCCAUGCAGGAGGACCUGGCCAUCUGGCUCACCGGAAUGCUGGGUAAGACCAGGAGGGUGAUGGGGGGGGGGGGGGGGGGAUAAUUCAAACAGUAUGUCGUUGUCUUGUUCCUGUGGCAUUAUUUGUUUGUUUGAUGUGCUGGCUAGAAUUCUUCCUUCUUGUUAUUCAUUUGGCCUCAAAUGUCUCGCCCUGUCACUCACCCCCCACUCCCAACAAUACACACUAACACACUUGUGCUAAUCUUUUCCUCUCGGUCUCUCUCUGAUACACAGGAGACGAGGUGAGAGCGGAGUGCUUCAUGGCGGAGCUGAACAACGGGGUGAAGCUGUGUCGGCUAAUCGGAGCUCUGCAGAGCAGGAUCUCUCAGAGCGGGGCCUCUGAUAUGGGCAAGGUGAGCUGAGGGGAGAGGAAUGGCAGGGAGAAUGGGAUAUUAAGGGGAAAUAGGCGAGUGGGUACAGAAUGGUAAGGAUGGGGGAGUUUGAGUUGGCGGUCUGUUUCCCAUCUGAAACGAGUUGGUGCGUUUGGUUCUGAUGUGAUUUGUUUUUCUGUCCAUUUGAAAAUAUCACCUAGCCAAGAAUGCUCAUAUGUCAACUGUGAUGCAAUGCAUGUGUGGUUAAUUUGUAAUACUUUUUUGAAUGCCUUUCCCUGCAGUUGUUUCCCAUGAAGAAGGUGGCAUGUAAGUGCAAUGCCUCUCCAGGGUCCUUUUUCGCCCGCGACAACACUGCCAACUUCCUGGGCUGGUGUCGCCACAUAGGUGUGGAGGAGACGUACCUGUUUGAGUCGGAGGGCCUAGGUACGUGUUUUAGUUUGGUGGGGAGACCGUACUGACAAGUAGGCACAGCAAGUAGGAGUUCAUCACAAAUGGCCAUCGCUCCAGACAGUUUUGAAGUGCAUAUUUGGGUUAUUUAUUUUGUCUCAGCAUCCUCUAGUUAGCUUAGCAUUCUAGCGCAAAUGUCCACAAGUAUCAAUCAAACCAAAACCCAUUCAGUCUUGUGUAAUCAGUGGAGCAGUACCAUGGUAGUACAGUUGAGGUAGGGUCCGACUCAUACCCAUCCCACCACUAUUGUAACAUUACUACAUUACCCUAGGAGUUGGUUAAUACAUUACUAUGUUGCCCUUGGAGUUGAUCAAUACAUUACAACAUUACCCUUUGAGUUGUUUGAUACAUUACUACAUUACCCUUGGAGUUGGUUAAUGGCUCCUUACCUUAAUCGGUUCAAAAGAACAUGGGCUGAGUUGUAAGCCUUUAAAGACUGAACGGAGCAGAUGCCUCCACUACAGCCAUUGUCUGGCUUUUGUUUAAGCCAUCCUCCUUAAUGACAUAAUAGGAUCCACCAUAGAGAGAAAUUAACGUAAGUUCUCUAUGUGGACACCUCCUCAUUAUAAGUAAUGGGUUUGUGACACUGCUGCUAUAGUGUACAACCAUGUCUUCUCUCUACAGUAUGUAUUUUCUGUCUCUCAGUUCUGCACAAGGAUCCCAGGCAGGUGUGUCUGUGUCUGCUAGAGAUCGGCCGCAUCGUCUCCAAGUAAGUUUCCCUUCGUAGAGAGAUGGUGUUGCACUGUGACAAAUGUAAGAUGAGAUCAUUCUAGAACAUGACCACCACGUUUUGUUUUGACCUUUCACUGAUCCUGUAGUUAUGCAAUGUGGUAUGUUGCAGCUGUGUUUGGGGUAGAAAGAUGGACCAGGCAGCAAAAGUGAAUGUGUGGUAUCUUUUUUCCAAUCCUAACAGUCCCUUUAGAGCACUGAGCUGAUCUGCUUUUUCUCCAUAGGUAUGGGGUGGAGCCUCCGGUGCUGGUGAAACUAGAGAAGGAGAUUGAGCUGGAGGAGACCUUGCUGAAGUCGACAGAGCCUGCUCCUGCAGUCAAAACCUUCACUGUGUGCUGCCAGCAUGGGGGACUCUAUCAGCCUGGGGUAAGUCACUCCAGGAAUUAGAACUGUGCUAUUGUCAAACUUGUACUGACCAAAUGGAGACUUGACUCUCCACUUUCCUCUCAUCUCUCUUGUUGUUCUAUUAAAAGAGUUAGUUGGUGACCCAGUUCAUCAGAAGCAAAAUGGCGGCAGCAGUGGCUCUAGUUGCCUCGCUGCUCAGGGCUGUAUGAGUCAUUAUGGUCCUCGUGACGCUCCAUCCAUCCGGGGUCAUGUGACUCUGUAGCUUGUGGCACCAAUGCAACUCAGUCACCACAACAACAAACAUCAGAACGCUUCCUGUGUCCACAGCCUAAGCUGCAUGACUCUUAGCCUUUGAUGGUUAGUGUGUUUGCCAAAGCAGUCCUCUUCAACUACAGUAUUCAGAGGCUGCUACUGAAUGCUGUCCUAAAGCCUUUCAACUUAAAAUUUGUUCAUUUGAGUUCAUUGCGUUUGACCUGUUAGCAACUCUACUUUAUCCUUAGGCGAUGGGUUAAUGAAACAGGGUUUCUCAAUGUUUUAGGGAAUUUCUUUCCCAUGUUCUUGCUUCCUUAGCCAGGACUCUAUAGGCACAUGUUAAUUCUCCCUCUCUGUGUUAAAGGAGCAACAUCUGAUGGACGAGCCACCGUGUAACUGCUCCCAGAGAGUAUCUAUUGAAUACCUGUCAGAGGGCCGCUACAGACUGGGAGACAAGACCCUCUUCAUCCGGGUGAGCAGCACUCACUGUAUAGUGACACACUGAACACUCCCAAGCAUUGGACACCAGUGUUAGGGUCAAUUCCACUGCUAAGUGAGCAUUAGGCCUGUAGCUAGUGACACACCCUUUCUGUCCUCUGCCAAGAGACCAGGAAACAUCUCUCCACCGUAACCUCAUUCAUUACCUGGCCCCUAAUCCAAAGGUUCAGUCUCGGUGCCUGGCACACUUGAGAGUAGUAAGUAAGCUUAUUAUCGAUGUUGGGUAUUUAAGGCUGAUAAAAUGCUUAUACAACUGAAAAGUAAAAAAACAUGAAAAGUAUAAAAAGCAGCAGUGUAGAUGAAGGACGGAAGAAAGGUGUGUCUGUUGCUCGCGGUUCCACACAGCAGCGGAUCACUCCCAAAGCUCAUUAGGGAAGCAGAGUAGAUCCCGUUAGUGCUGCACCUACAGGAGGGAUCACAUCAUUAUUGGCCAAGCUACUGAAGUGGAGCUAAUGGUACAGAGUUAACACUUCCAUCAAACUGCAACUGAAAAUAGAUGGUAGCUGGCAGCACUGUAGAUAUGAGUUGUUGGUGGUAGUAGUAGUAGUAGUAGUGGUAGUGGUGAGCAGUAAGUAGUAUUGGUGGUAGUAGGAGUGAGUGUAGAUGCUGUUCUCAAGGAAUAGUUAAGUAAAAAUAAGCAUGUUAACCCUUUAAAGAGACCAACUGCAAUGUCUCACAUGUAUCUCCCUCUGCCUCUCUCUCACUGUGGUAGAUGCUGCAUGGGAAGCAUGUGAUGGUGCGUGUGGGGGGUGGCUGGGACACCCUAAGGGGUUUCUUGCUCAAGUACGACCCCGGCCGAGUGCUCCAGUUCACCACUCUAGAGCAGAAGAUCCUGGCAUAUCAGAAGGGCCCACCGGGCCACGGCGGCCAUGGCUUUGCAGCAGCGGCUCCUCCACCUGACAUGGACCCUCUCGCUGCAGUCAACCUCAUCUCCUCGUCUUCUUCCUCGUCUUCCUCUGGUUCGGCCUCCAAAGCCACCUGCACCCCCGUCUCGACCCCUACUCUGCCCAGGAAAGCAGCCGCAGCCCCCAAAAAGACCCUGCAGAUGCUCCUUCCCUCCCCCAAGAAGCCCACCCAGAAGCCCUUGCCAAUCCCCAAGAAGGUGGCUGCUGUGUCGCCCACCCUGUCUUCGCAGCAGGGCCCCAGCCCUUCCCUUCACAGUAGCAAGAGCCAGCAGAGGGCACCACUGCUCCAUUCCUCUUCUUCCCCAGCCGUGGCUUCAGCCCCCAAACUGAAGCUCAGGCCGUCCCCUCGCGGCGCUCUCUCCCAGCCCCGCAGCCCAGUGUGCCCCGAGCCCUCUUGUAAAUGUCCUAAACCCUCCUCCACUUCAUCCACCCACACCUCCAUCACAGUGCCUCGCCCCACCACAGCCCCAUCAAGGGUCCCCUUCCAGAAAGAGGGCCGACCCCCAACCGGCGCCACCCAACGCCGCCUGUCUCAGAGGCGGCCCGCCUCCCCUGCCUCGCGCCUUCGUCUGGAUGCUGCCAGACGGGUCUGUCCAACCCCCCGGGUAGCAGUGCCAACACCCAGGCUGGCAAUGGCCCAGCCCACCAGGACACUAACCCAUACCUCCAGGACUGCCACAACAGCCCUGCCCAAAUCCACCAUCUCGCACCCCAAGAGCAAAGACACCACAGCCAAAAGCCAGGCCCAAACCAGGGCCAUCCCCAAAGUGGUUGUGCCCCCACGUGGCGGCACCCCUGGGCGGGUACCAGGGGCCCCUAGUGGCUCUACCGCUGUUGGCAAGAUAAACCAGAGAACAGUACCAACUGCACAGAGGACAGGAUGGAGGCAAGCGCUCACCACCAACACCCCCUCUCUCAAACCGGAGUCCACCAAAACGGCCCCCCAAAAAACAAGCCCCAACAUCAAAGCCCUCCCCUCCCAAAAGGAACACUGCUCUCACAAAGAAGACCCAACUCAAGAACAAAAGCGAGGACCCUUAUUUUGA